ACAGCAUUUCAUUAUCAGCUCAAGUAGAGGAAAAUGGAGAGCGUAAUGGCGUCGCUAUCGUCAAUCCGAUUAUCAUCUUCUUCAUCCGACACCAGAAUUAACUUAUCCUUACCCACCACCGCCGUCUCCGCCACCCGCCACCGUCAUCUAGCUGCAUUUCAGUCGCCGUCUCAUCUUUUCUCCAAUUCACUAUCGACUCGUAUUCAUGCAACCAAGAAGAAGAAAAACCCUAACAUAUUUCUUCCUCAUUUGGUCGCUUCCAUGGAAGUGGAGGAAUCCUAUAUUAUGAUUAAGCCUGAUGGCGUUCAACGAGGACUCGUGGGAGAGAUAAUUUCUAGGUUUGAAAAGAAGGGAUUCAAAUUGAAAGGCUUAAAGCUUUUCGACUGCCCCAAAGAUCUAGCAGAGGAACAUUAUAAGGAUUUAAGCUCGAAGCCUUUCUUCCCCAAACUGAUUAGCUACAUUACAUCUGGUCCUGUUGUUUGUAUGGCUUGGGAGGGAGUUGGUGUGGUUGCAUCAGCACGUAAGUUAAUUGGAGCAACAAAUCCACUUCAAGCUGAACCGGGUACAAUUAGAGGAGAUCUUGUGAUUCAAACCGGAAGGAAUGUGGUUCAUGGGAGUGAUAGCCCUGAAAAUGGGAAGCGGGAGAUAGCUUUAUGGUUCAAAGAAGGUGAAUUAACAGAAUGGACACAAGUUCAAGCUCCAUGGCUGAUAGAAUAAUGAGAAGCAUCAUUCGCAAGUAAUCCAUUUAUGAGAGAUGAAAUUUCUGUGAGGGAUAUCGGAAUGACAGUUUAAUUUUGAGAAAUUGUUUUUACCUUGUAAUUUUGUUGGAGUAAUAGAUCACCAAAAUGUGGCAUAAACAAUGUAAAAGUAUUUGGAUUUGCUUUGAAUUGAAUUGAACAACAUUAUGAUUC